UGAAGUAACGUUUGAUUGUAAACAAUAUUGUAAACAUGACGGAUUUUAGAAAUUGGUUACUUUGUAAGAGUGCCGAAAAUAUGGGCACGAUUACUUUACGUGGGGUGUAUUCUAAGUAUGCCUAAGGCGACCGCUUAUCCGCCAAGCAAACUAAAGCAGUGGGAGAAGGAGCGGCGGGAGCGACUGAACGCUUGUUUCCGGGACCUGGCGAGCGCGCUGCCCGGCCACGACCCGGCGGUGACGCUCAGCAAGGUGCAGAUCCUGCAGCGGGCGGCCGAGUGCAUCCGGGCGCUUCGCGGCGAGAACCAGACGCUGGUGGACUCCGGCGCGGGCGACGCUGGCGCACGGCAGCUGCAGGCCCUGAGGCUGCGCUCGGACGGGCUCUUGCGCCGAGUGGAGCAGCUGGCGGGGCUGCUGCGAGAUGCGGGCAUCGCCGUCCCCUCGGCCGUCCCCGGCCGCGCCGAGCCGUUCCGCGAGCGCCAGCUCAAGUGGGACGGCAAGAUCCGGCCCGAGGACGCCCCACUGCUCCAGGAGAGGGCCAAGAAUAAAAAACUGGAAAACAAGAAGGUCCAGAAGUGGAAGAAAAAAUCGGCAUGCGACAGUCCCAGCACAGCUGUCGAGUCGAAGCAGGUGAGGACCAAAGGUUCGGCGCAGAGGCGAAAAAUGUCCGGGAAAUCGAGCACCUCGCGCUGCCCGUCCAAAGCCGACCGAAUCCAGCCGCCGAGGAAGCAGGGCGGCCUUUGCGCGAGGGACGAGAAUGCCCCGCCCACCUCCGCUGCGAGGGGGGGUGGCACGGUCGUCUGCACCGCGUCGGUCGCAAGCAUUCCGGCCGACGUCGGGGCCUCGGGCGCCAGCCGCGGCAAGAUGGUGGUGUCGGUCACCAGCUCCAACCUGCUGGCUGCCCCGGUGGCGAGUCCCGGCGUGGCGGCGCGUCCGGGCCCCACUCUGGUGCCCGGGACCAUCAUAUUCACCAGCGGCAGCAUCGUUCCCGUCCUGCCCGCCAUCACGGGCCCCGCUCCCUACCUCGUCAGCGCCGACCACCGCCCGCCCGUCGUGGUGGUGCAGAAGAACGCCCCACAACCCACCCACAAGAGGGGCAAGACCUUCCCGCUGCUCAUACCCAAGAGGAGGACGGACGCAGCGAGGGCGAAGUUCCCCAACAAGGUUGCCAUCUCCGCCUCGGCCUCGAGCUUCCUGCCCCUGCAGGCACCGUCGCAGAGUGUCGCGGUGGUGGACGCACCUAUGCCGCAGACAAACGCUGCUCGUGCGGCCUCCAGCAACGAGAAGCCUGCGGGGAGCAUGAAGCGACGCCAGGUUCCCGCGACGCCGAAGGCUGCUCACAAGCGGGACGAAUCGGUCAAAAAACGUGCUGAUAGCAAUGUUGACACAAGACAAGUAUUAGAGACUUGUCAAUCUGCUGAUUGUGUCAUGGCUAGUAAGAGCUCGGGGAUUUCUGAGAUUCUGGCAGCAAAGUCAGCUGAGCGAGAUGAAAAAGCCAUAGUAGCCUCUACGACACAGUCUGUCAUAAAUGAUUCAAAAGUAACGAAAAAUCCGAAGGAAAACGGGAAGAGAAGGAACGUACAAAAGUGUUCACGCCAAAAUGUACACAACAGAAAAACCAAGAAGAGAAUUUGUAAAGAAAAUGCAAAUGAUGUCAAAGUUGAAAGCAAAAAGAUGAGGUUUUCUGAGAUGUCGGCUACUUGUGGGGAAAGUUCUGAAACUGUAAAUGUUAAGCCAGCAAGGAGUGACAAAGUACCAGAGUCUGGUAUAGCAUUAGUUUCCGCUACUGAUGCAGAAAAGAUCAUGUCUACCUCCAGCACAACACUUCCACACGUAGAUAGCGGUAGCACGGUGUCCUCUGAUAAGGUCAGUGAUUCACUUCAAUCAUAUUUCGACUCUGCAGAGUCAGAGAAAUUGUCGCAGGUCGCUGGACAGCACGUCUGUAUCCAAGAUAGUAUCGCUCUAUCUGACAGUACCAGGGCACUUGGAAACACUGACUUGACCAGAGACCUUACAGAGACCAGUGUUAACGUUGUCUGUAAUGUGGCUCAAGACGUCCACAAUGGUGGCAGUCCUACAGUUAAAACUCCCUCUUCUGAUACUCUGGUCAAAGCAUCAAUCAAUUCUGAGGAUCAAGCAUUUUGUGAGGUAAACUCAGCAAGCAGUGCGAUUCCCAGUCGUGUAGAUAUUGAGUUGCAAGAAAAGUUGAGUGUAAUACCUGAGAACAGUGCAAAUAUUAGCCAGGUUGACUCGUCAAAAGAUGAGCCAAACUCUAAUGUUAGGGACAGCACACUAGAAAUCUCAGAGGAAUCACUUUCUGUUUGUGAGAGAGAUGUAAAUAGCAAACCACGUCAUCAUCUUGGCAUAAAUGACAGCUCAGUGAUGCAGGGACAAAGCUACAGUACUCAAAGUCCCUCACAUUCUCAGAAAGCACUUGACCAAGUGAAUACAGCAGAGAACUGUUGUAAAGUGUCAACACAAAGUGAACCAGUUCUGUUUGAUUCAGUAGCGGCACAAGAACAACCACAGUCUGCUCAGAAUAGCAGCACUUCCUCAGGCGUGUCUUCUGGUCCGUCGUUAGGGUCUGUCUCGUCAGAAGGGCUGCAAAACAAAGUGUGUGUUGAUGGGGUAGCUAAGAAAAAUACAUUUGCUACUUAUACAAUUGAUGCAUUGUGCAAAACCUCAGUUUCCGGAAGAUCGGACACAAAGUCUGUUGAAAAAGAUAGUCUUAAAUGUGAUUUAGUGUCGUCAGAAACCAAGAUGACUUGUAACAGCGGUGUGGAAGGAAAUGAUUUGGUUGUAAAUUCUGGUGCUAGGUUUAUGGAAUUCACUGAAAGCGUUACUGCAAGUAAACCUGAUGGUGAAAGUGAACAAGAGCUUAAGGAUAAAAACUUUCCUUCUAACGUCAGUGAUAAUCUUGCAAGAUAUUGGGACAAUGCGUCUACAUCACAGAACUCGUCUAGUUAUGUAGUCGAUGGUUUGUCUCAGCAAAUGGUGCCUUCAGGUAAAGAAGGAUCAGUAUUUUCAUCGGUAGACACAAACUUCCAGUCAGCCAGUUCCUGUGCAACGUUUGGAAGUAAAAGCUGUUCCGCACCCAACGAAUCUAACAGUGAUCCUGCGAUGAAUGAGCAGGACAAUUUCGGAGAAAACCAACUGCUCAGCUCGAACAAUCCCAAGCUGAUGGAACAGACUCCAGACUGCAAGAAAGAAGUGUGCGUAAGCGAAGAUUCCAAAGGAGGGUUCGUGGUAACUAGUUCAAGCAUUGAACCACAGUCUGAUGCCACCCAGAAUUGCAGUGUUAGUGUGGCCUUGACAGACCAGGGACGAGACCGGCAGGUCCUUCCGGUGGCUGGGAAAAGUGCUCGUGAUGAUAGCAAGCCUGAUGCGGCAAGUCCAUCCGCAGAAGGAAAGGCACUCGGUCUCCGUACCGAUGCAAGCGAUUGUCUACCUGGUGCUUCCCCCAGCAAUGUUCCUAGGACAGGGGAGGAGCUCUUGCAACCACCACGAUGUUCAGCACUAGCGUCAGAGAAGUUGUAUGGUGAACCAUUGCAUGUCAACUCGAGAGUUCCUGUUUGUGAUACGUUGCACGUUGGCGUAGCAGCUUCCUACACGAACAGCAGUUCUGUGAGAGAGCAUGUUGCUUUCACGCAGGUGCCAGACUUGAACGUGCGCUCGGAAAUGCUUUCUCCUGCUGUGGGCCCGGCAGGAAGCGCUGCGUGCACUUCAACUCGCCAUGGUGUUAGUCAAAACUCUUUAAUUUCAAAACACAUCGUCACAAGCGGUGUCAACACACAUUCAGAUUCUGGCUCCCAGUUGACGUUCUCCACGAUCGACGGAAGGUGCAGGUCGUCGCUGCAGCACAGGCACGAGCCGCUAGCUUCGACAGCUGCGACAGCUGCGACAGCUGCGACGUUGACCUCGGUCGUUGACUCAUCCUCUCAAAGCCAGACCCUGGCCUGCCCAGCAAGUGGCAACAAGUGCACCGUCCCGUCGCAACAGCAGAAUGACACAGCUGCAUCUGCUCAGACUUCUGUAGAAGCAGUCCACGCUUCUCAGCUACGGCCUCUCACGCCGUGUGCAGCGAGGAACAUUUGCACUUUGUCUCCCCUUAAGCAGCAGGAGUCGGUGGUUUCACAUCUUCCCUCGCUUACGUCUGUUCACACGCUUCCUCAGACACAGCCGUACGUAACGUGUGCGGUCAGCAGCGACAUGCGUUACUCGUCAUCGCAGCAGAAACUGGGCUCUGGAGUUUCAGCUACAAUUCCUGCCGUGCCGGUUCACGCAUUUGACCAGGCCGAGGCACAAGCGUCAUUCUCUGUCGGUGGUGACAAGUCAUCACCACAACAGAAACACGAACCAGUUGUUUCAAUAUCGCAUACAUUCACACCAAUUCACACACAGUCGCUGACACAGCAACACGUGACUUUUUCAAAUAGUGACAAGUUUGUGCCGACAUUACAACAGAAGUACGAGUCUACAGCUUCAACAUCUAAUUCAUUCACACCAGUUAACACGUUCGCCCAACUGCAACCACCGCAGCCAAAUGUUAGGUUUUCUAGCGGUAUAUCAGUACAGCAGAGACAUGAAGCAUCUACAUUCAUGCCAAUGCACAACACAAUUCAAACACCUUCCAGUGUUAACAGUACCACCAGUAAUUUGGCUUAUUCCGAAAGAGAAUUCUCAGCAUCCACAUUCACACCCGUUUCACAGAUAUUGUCCGACAUUCGAACCCAGUCAUCUGCAUUUCCGAAUGUGAACUGUACUUCAGCUAGCCACUCAUGGCUUCCUACAUCAGGUAAUGAUAAAAGUUGGUUUUCUAUGAGCAAACUACCAAACUCGGUUUCUGUAGCACAUCGAAAAACAGACAUCACCAAAGAGACACCAUCAUCAUCUGCUAACCUUUCUCUUCAAACAAACGAGUUUCCAAGCGACAUUUUUGCAUCUUUGCAAGUCCCAUCUGGGGGACAGCAUCCAGAAUCAAUUUCUCCAACAGCUGCUUUUCUGUUGGCUUUCCCGUUGGUGUCGAGCUCUAAAGUGUCGGACAUGAUCGAUCCACAGGACGUAGAUUGUGACAGUUUACACGGAGCAUCAUCUCUGCUCCAGAUUGGCAACAUCGAUCACUAUUCUGCUACCAAGAAAGAUGCGUCCACAGUGUCAUCUUCCUCGCAGCCUACAAACAUUCAACCACCUGCGCUGAAGUAUCCGUUGUCCGGCAAGGGUCGAGCUGGUGUUAAUGUUGCAGAAACAGGUGACAAAUGUUUCACCGACCGAGAGUUCUACCUUCCAAAUCAGCCUUUGUUUGAUCAAAAUCACAAACAAAAUAUGGGGACUAAGAAUGCAGCUGUGAUGAAAAGCCCCAUCAUUUCCACCUCUGUUAGUAGUAACAUGUCUGAAAUGUGUGGUAGGCAGAACAUUGUGAACCGAAGUGUUGGCACCCAGUUUAAAUUGACUGACAUGGGUGGAGCUAAAUCUGUCAUGUCCAGCGCCGUUUCAAAACAGUGCACACCGUCAUCAUUUCAGACGUCUUAUAGCUCUGCAGUUUCUUCGGUUGCAAAUGCAGUUUCAGUGACUUCGAGUCACAGGGCGAAUGCAUCAGCCGCUAGUGGUCGAGCAGACCUGAAACCAAACACAUCUUUUGGUUCUCAUCCUGUUUUCCCCAGCGCGGGGAUGCCUUACGUGGCACCAGCGAGCUCACUUCCAGUUCAGUUUCACUCUCAAGACAAAUCCAGAAACAAUCAUGGGGAAACGCCUUUUACCAUCACCGGCAAGGAACAGAGUUUUGGAAUCUCCGUUGAUAUGUCUGAUUUGAAGUGGGGCCAACACAAGAGUCAUAACUUCGAGAAGCAGAAUACUGCCGGAUCAUUCAGCACCAGUAAACCUGACAGUUUUCUUAAAGAUAGGAUGUUGCAGGGGCAUUCGUCAGUCAGCAGUUCAGAAACUGGGGACCUAAACUUGUACAAAGCUAACCUGUCUUUGCACAAUAAUGAGACCUUCAAGUAUGAGCCAUCGCAGGCGUGUUCCACCGCAACAUCGAUUCCUAAUGCCGGCCAGGGUGUCCCUUCCUUGGUGAGCAACCCCCCGUACAACCAGAGCGUGUUUCCCGGGUAUGGGUACGGGUCAGUUUCGUCACACUCUAGCGUGCCUUCUUACAGCGGGAAUCAGGGGGUGCUGGGGGUGGUCUCCAGCUCGGGAAGUGUUGGUGUCCUCCCGUGGACCACGUCGGUGUCCGGUGUCGGGCACUGCAGCGGGGCAAGCACGUCGCAGAACGUCGUGGGGACGUUACAUCAUCACCCUCCCGCCUCGCAGUUCACGAUGCCGCAAACCACUGCCAUCACCGCCAACUGCCACAACCACUACGGGGCCAACCCGAACUAUCUGCCGUCCAGUAAACACGCAGCUGUCACUAGUGUCGGACAAGGGACAGUUGGCAGCAAUGCGAAAAAUCUGGAAGGUGUUUCCACCAAGUUAACCAAUUCUUUUGGUAGCAAAUUUGUGAAAAGUUGCGAGCAGAAAGGGCUGGACAGCAGACACCAACAGGCGAUGAGUCACGAGAUGGGGAUGUUCAGUUCUGGCCCAGACACAUCGGUCAUGAACUCUGAAACCACGGACACUUUCAAGUUCCCGCUGCUGCCCGACCAGCCCCCGGGGUACCAACAACACCCGCACCGUCCGCCGGUCAACUGGAUGACCACGCCAGCCGUCACGACCAACCAGAGCAAACAGGCGUUCGGCAUGUGUUCCUCAGAGGUGCCCAGCUCCUCGCAGCUUGACAGUCAACCCGCAAGGAGCAGCUCUUAUUUCACGAUGGCCAACCUGGACCCCACAGUCUUCACCCAGAGCACGUCUUCGUGUUACGGGAACACCGCACUGCCUCAGAACCUCCCGAGCCAGGCGAAGACCUCGUCAGAGAAGCAGCAAAACACAUCUGCAGCCAUUUCCUUUGCUAACGAAGCACCGAGCGAUUCCGGUAGAUCGGCCCUGCAUAAUUCCGGAAUGCAUGCUUCGCAGAUUCAACAAAAUGAAUUCUAUGCUGCACCGUGGACUCAAAUAAAGCCACCUUUCCAAACUGAAACCGUCUCGGCAGAUGUGAACAAUUUAUUUGUCCCUUGCACACUGCCAACUUUAGUCGGCGAUUUGGCUCUGGGUACGGGCUGUGUAUUGAGUACUGUGGAAGAGAACAAUGCUGGUAAACCUUUCAGUAAUUCAGAUUUUAAUGAGAUUGGACAGCCUGCCAAAGAACAAAAACUAGAGAUAAACAGGAGACAGAUGAAGAACAGACAGGGUACCAAGGACACAGAUCGUAAAAGCAAAGCUAACAUUGACUGCAGCCACGAAUUUGCCAGCGUCUCGCAUGCGGGAGUGAGUAGUGUUGGUAGCUCCUUCUUGUCAGUGAGUCAGCUUGUGGAUCCUUCCAAGUCUGCAGCAGACACUUCCGGAUGUCACGCAUCCAUGCGAGGAUUCAGUACAAGCAACGGCAGCCAGACCCUCUCGAGCGGGAAACAUUUGCAUCACCAAAAUGCGAGUGCAUGUGUUAAAAGAGAAUCUCGUCCCCAAAGCACCCUCAGUGGCAAGGACGAGUCGAAGAAGAUCGAGCAUUCGUACAAUUUGGCAGGCAACAUGACGUACCAUGUCGAAGAGUUGCAGCAGUCACUACCGUCACAUGAGGCGAAGCGAGAAAAUUCUAAAAGCGAUGAGACGUCAGCUCGUAAUACUUUGAGGCCUGCCACAGUGGAUAAUUUUCACUGGCUUUCUGCCGAAACUAGCUCGAGGAAGUCCAGAGCUGGUGGCCCUGACUUCAAAACGCAACUCGGCACCUAUUCAGCAGAAGCGUUGAUAGGAAUCAGUCAAAAUACUUCUGUAAAUGUCAACGCCUCCCUUGGCUCUUCGCACAAAGUGAUAUCGCUGCCGCCACCGGUUGUGUCCGACAGGUUCGUUAACCAAAAUAGUUACGUCAGUACUCACACUCAGAGGAAAGUGCAGUACGACAACAGUACCCUUCUCCCUGGCAGUUACAUGCGACCUCUCAACCUGCCCAUGUCCCAGAACUUCAUCACGCAGCCUUCGUCUGUUGCCAGUCAGCAGGGUCAGCCGUCUGCCGCACUGCGAUACCCCUUGGCGAGCGUGCCAGAGCCGCAAGUUUCGAGGCAGAAGAUUGGGGGCGUCCGUCCAGCAUCGUAUUUUGCUGCCGGGGCGGACAUCUCGCACGCCAACACAGUUCCCCCAGCGUACGUCCCGGACGUCGCAGGUAGCAGUUGCGAACACAAGGCGCCGGGCGAAAACAAACCCGUCUCCUUCCCCUCGUUCUUGUAUUCAAAAGAGUCGAGCCCUCCCCGGAACGUGAAACAGAGUUUCACGUACUCUCACGCAUCGUCUUCCGCCUCCGUCAACCAGCAUUCUGGCCACGUGCGCUCGAAAACAGAGACUUCCAGUGCAGGCAGCAGCGAGGUCGGAGCGGAUAAAACGACGAGUGCUCACGGCAGCGGCCGACAGGGCGGGGGCGGGAUGAUGCCGUCGCAGAACAUCGCCGGCGGGAACUGCGCGCUGGGGAAGCAGCGCGGGAGGAGACGUGCGCCGGACGCAGCGUCCGUGUCGAGCGUCGGCAACCUGGUGGACCUGGGGUACCUCGGCAUGCCCCCGGGGAUAGGCUCGCCGAUGCUGGGCGAGGAGGGCAUGUACUUCCACGGCGGGCCGCCCGCCCUGUACCCGGGCAUCCCCAACGCCCAGGGACCCUUCUACCCGCCCCCUCGUGCCGCCUUCGCCCCCAGCAGCGCGGCCGCCGCGUCGCCCAGCGCCGCCAACUCCGGAGGCACCACGCUGGCCAACUUCAACCUCAGCACCAUAUUCCCCGAGAUCAUGGACAAGCAGGCUUCAUCAGUGUCCGCUGCAGCGUUCCCCUUCAAGCAGCCUGCCCGGCAGCCGCUGAUGGGAGCGUGUGCCGCUGGCACGCCAGGCUUCCCGCGCGCCCCGCCGACCAACAUCAACGCCUUCCCACACGCCAACACUGCAGCAGCCAGGCCCCAGUGGCUGUAGCGCGCGUCGCGAGACCGGCAACUGAUGAUGGGAGCGCUCCUCAGUCAACAUCCACGCCUAACCUCACGUGAACACCGCUGCGACCAAGUCCCAGUGGCUAUAAGCACGCGUCGAGAAAGACCAGCUUGUUGAUGCUGUACUCUUACCGUCGUACACCUUCGUGUGGGUCCGUACCGCUGUGAAUAGCCGUGUGUUGCCGAGAUGAGCAGGAGAUAUCGUGAAACGCGAGACCGGGGCGUAGCAAGGAUUUUACUCCGAGGAGGGGUAUUUUUGACAGUCGCCCAAAAUUCAUAGUAGUCAUGAUAUUUUAGACCAAUAUUUUAAUAUGGCAUCCUAAAGCCAGUGAUACUUCACACAUGGGCCUAUCUAGGGCAAACAUGAACCAAAAAAACAAAGUAUUUGAAGAGUUACUACAAAAUCGAAGAUUAUUGAUGUUCCAACCAUGGAAUGUUACGGAGGUUACACCCCAACUAACCCUUUUUCCUCUCUGGGGCAGAGAUGCAAAUUGGUGUUUGUGUGUGUGUGCGCGCCUCUAGGAACGGUAUUCCAAGUCGUAUUUGUAUAGUAGCGAAUAAGCACUGCCUUGUUGGAGUACAACCAUAACCUAACUCGCUGUAUUCCAGAACGUGUCCGAACCGAAUCCCAGUACGGGAACAGAUCUGCAAUCGUUUUAAUAAACGGUGCCCUGCGCGAGGCUACGAACUGGUUCCAUGCGCAUUCUAGCGGACGUUUCGCAGCCAUCGAUACAGUUUCUACAGAAAUAUUUCCAGAGAUAGUAGCACCAUCCAACAAAAAUAGAAUGGCCAUUCUAAUAUCAAGUACUUUUAAAGUUGUGGUUAUUUCUUGUCAUGACCAUUAAAGUGUACAUCCCUUGAUGAUCAGAAAAAUGACUUACGUACAAAUUAAUGGUGCCAGACAUGGGCCCGCCAUCUGGAAGAAAAAAUGAGUUCUGCACAAGCGUGGAAUUUGGGCAACAGAUCGCCAACGGAUCGGACACCGAAAUCAGUUCCGUAGAAAUGAGGUACUGGCCGUGUCCAUUCGUGCGUUAGGAGUACGUUUAUGGUACAGGUGUAGCAUAUUUAACACCGAAACCUUAACUUUUGUCUCUUGGAAUACCGGUGUACGUCUCCCAGUGUUGCCAUUGUUAACUCCUGCCGACUCUCAGGUGAAGUUUAACAUAAUUUUGGGAAAACGUUUGGAACGUCAUAUUGUAGGUUCCAACAACUUAUAUAAGGGCUGUGCUACUUGUCACACUUUUGCAUGGACACGUCAUUCUUUUUAAUUUGGCGGACUGAUAGUUUUAUAAAGGAGUGUUUCACAGCUAGUCAUUUGCAGAAGUGUGAAAUAGAAGAUGGGGAACCAGUUAUUUCGCACUUUAUUCUCCCUGCAGGGUCUGGAGUCCGAACAGUGAAGUGUAGAAGAGAGAAUGCUCUCUACCCGUUUGCUUUACUUUGUGAUGUGGUCUUACGACAUAUGCCGCACGGUGUUAAAACAAGUGUGUAUUGCAGGCUUUCACGGCCUUAAUCUUGGCUCUGAGUGGGUUCUCGGCUUCGGAGAUGCUUCCUGCAAUGCAGCACUACCACCGCAGCCAAGAUAGUUCGUUAGUUAAAACUGAUCCCUCGACGGUAGUGCCGUGUCUGUGUGCAGAACCAAGUUCCGUCUCGCGUCUCCUUUGAAGGUGCAUGUUUACUCUCCAGUGUUCAUUGCUGGAGAUGUUGUGCCAUCUCGCCUGCUGGAAACUAUGGAUAGUUUAUUUAUGAUGGGUAACAUCUGGGAAUCCUUCUUUUUCACAGAGAAGAGAGCCAAACGCCCGAUCGUGCAUCUUCAGGUUUUUUUUUUCCAUUGUAAAUAAAUAUGGCGGUGUUGAGAAAAGGAUACUAAUGGUCAAUUAGGUUAGGUUAGCUACAUUAUAAAUAUGUACUUUAAAACAUUGUGGACGGUUGAUUUGGUUAGGAUAGCUACAUUAAAGAUACUGUGAAAUCAGGUAAACUUCGGGUUUGGCUCUCUCGUCUGUGAAAUGUAGGCCAGUAACAUCUUAGCUCUCGGUGUAUGUAAUUCUGUGCAUGCGACGGAAGUAUUUGAAUGGAAAUGUGCAAUGGUGCUGCCAUCCGUGGUUUGUAGAACGUAACCUCAGAUUACAAGACCUACGGUGAGCAAGUUUAUUUUGUUUAAUGCUGCAAAGUAUUCGCUGAUAGAUGCAAGACUUGAGGAUGUGUAAAGUAAAGACUGAUAUUGGACCAGUUGGAUGCUAGACAAAUGUUAAAUAAAGCUCCUUUUGCCAGUGAUCGAAGGUUUAUAUAGCUUGGGUAGGAAAGUUUCAUCGAAACUUCGAAAGUAUGACAACGUAGCAGCAAUGACCUGUACAAUUGUUAUAAAAUAUUUGUUGAGUGGUUUUGUCUACAUCAAUACUGCCAAUAGUCUUUGUUUCACAAUGCAAAUAACUUUGUGUUGACCAGUGCUGAACCACGCGCUGAACAAGCGUUAACAGAUUUUUUUGUAAAUUUUUUUUGUAAAUUACUGUAAAUAAGGUAACAUCAAAUGUUUAAUUUUGCAAUUGUACAUCCAUUUAUUUGAAGUUGUAUUUUGAUGUGUUUUUUGGUACCUGAGCAUUAAACAAUGCAACAAUGAAGUAUUUACUAUCAAA